GUGUACCGAGGGAGGCUCAAGUCGGGGGAGGUGGUGGCGGUGAAACGAGCCAAGGCGGAGCGACGGCAAGACAUGCGCAAGUUCAAGAAGGAGGUGAUGCUGCUGUCUCGAGCGCGCCACAAGCAUCUGGUGCAGCUGCUGGGGUAUUGCCGGGAGGAGCAGGAGCAGCUGCUGGUAUACGAGUUCAUAGGCGGGGGCACCCUCUCUCACAACCUCAAUGCGCCCUGGCGAGCUAGACAAAACAAGCCGCCCCUCAACUGGACCGAGCGGCUGCUGGUGGCGGCAGGGACGGCGCGCGCGCUGGCGUACCUGCAUGAUGACGUCAGCAUGCCAUUCAUCCACCGGGAUGUGAAGCCCGGCAACAUCCUCUUGGAUCGGCACGUGGUGGCGAAGCUGGCAGACUUUGGAACGUCAAGAGCCGUGGACACAUCAUCGUACUCUGCAACCAUUCAGGGCACAGCGGUCCAAGAUUUGCUGGACAAGAAGGGGCUCGCAGGGAUAGUUGACCAAUCCAUGGGCAUUUACGCUGAAAAAGAGGUCACCAGCGUGCUCACCCUGGCCUUCAAAUGCACGGACAUCAAGAACCCUGCCGCCCGGCCGUCCAUGAACCGUGUGUCCGCGCUCGCGACCCAAACCAUCGCGCGUCUUCGCUCGCUCGGCUUCCGAACCUUCGCGUCCGCUCUGGAGAAAACGGACGUUCUCUCCGCACUCCCUUCGACCGUCGCGCGCCCUGGGGGGUUCUCCCUCCUCGUCCCCUCGGACCGCGCGUUCCUUAAUCUCCCGCAAGCCGUACAGAAGCUAUUAAGAGGCCCGGACGCGAAAGCCGUACUUAAGAACCUCAUUCUAUACCACAUUUUCCAGCCGCGGAUUAAUUUUAACUACUUCUUGAAGCUCAGAGGGCGGCGCGUGAAGACGCUGCUUAGAGACCAGACUCUGACCGUUGGAUUCGGGCGCUCCGGCUUUCCCGCAGCGCCGACAGUCGCGGGAGGGGAGUCUCUUUGGUUUGCUCCCUCUGACGGCGGAAAGCGGGUUGCGGAUAGCAGCAGCGCCAGGCCCGCUGGUGGCGGUAGCGCGGGUACCGUUGUGAUUGUAAAAGAUGUUGCUUAUAACGGGCUCGCGAUCUGCCAGGCUGUCAGCGUGGUGCUCGUUCCGCCGUUGGAUCUCCUUUCGCCUCCCAACGCAUCACCCUCCGCCACCACCACCACCACCACCGCGACAAAGUCUAAGAACGCGCCUCCGGUUUCCAAAACCAAGUCGCCCGCCAACGGCGGAAGUGGAGGGAAGAUUCGUCCGCCUCCAUUGAAGAAAAACGUCGUCGAAUCCGCCUCCGCGUUCGGCAGCAGAAUUGCAGCCGCGGCAGGUGCGGGGAAGCGCGGAAAUGCAGCGCCAGUGGCCGUGCCGAGUCCCGUUAUCCGACCGUCUUCCAUAACGUUAACCCCGCAGCAGCAGGUGCUCUACUGGCUGUCGCGCCACGGGCUGGGCCGCACCGCCGCGAAUCUCGCGCAGUCCGGCGUGCUGGAUCUCGCGACGGCGGAUAACCCGGUUACCGUUCUCGCGCCGACGCAGCUCGCGUAUCGCUUCCUCCCCUGGACGGUCCGGCAGCUGUUUUUCACCGCGAGGGGGGAACAGGUGUUACCGAGGCUGAUGAAAUAUCACGUUAUAACGGAGCGGCUUACAGUGAAGCAGUUGCGAUCCGCGGGAAAUAACAAGUAUCCGACCCUGUUGGAUGAACAUCCCGUGGAUACGAAAGUAGGCUCGACAUUUGUCCGUUUCUCCCCCGAGCCUCCGGACUACGCCGCCGCGACCAUCAUCCCCGGGUCGUCCUUCAGCAACGGCAUCGCGACCGUACACGUCAGCAGCUCCGUGCUCAUCCCUCCGUACGAUCUCCUCUCCAUUCCUGAUCCUCCUACCCCCGCGCCCGUCCCCCCGCCCCUCGGCCCUGCACCCGGCCCCGGCCCCGCCCCCGCAGCAGCGGGGACCCAGGCGCUAGACAUGGUGGGGGACUUGGAGGCGGAAGGGGGGGCGUUCUGGGCGGAGGCUAAACUCAGGGCUUCUGCGCCCACGCUCCCUCCCGCUCGCCCUCUGCCUACCCCGAUCUCCCCGCUUCCCCCGCCGCCGCCCCCGCCCACGGGCGGGUUCGUCCCGAAGCGCCAGCUGAUCUCGUUUGACGACUCGCGCGGGGAGCCGUAUAGCGCCGCGCCUCCCCCCAUGGCAGAGCCUUAUAGCACCGCGCCUCCCCACAUGGCCGUGGACUUGGCGCAGGAAGGGGAAGGGGAGGUGGAGGGGGAAGGGGAGGGGGAAGGGGAAGCGGACGAGGUGGAUGAGGUUCGGGAAGCGGCGCUAGAGACAGCAGCGGGUUCUGAGGGUCGGGAAGUGUACGGCGAACCUGGUUCCGAAUCAGGUGCUUCCUCAGAUGCGGCCUCAGGUGCUUCUUCAGGUGCUUCUUCAGGUGCCAGGCGUGUGCUUCCUGAGCUAUCACUCAGCGCCCGCCAGCAGACCAUAGACGAGCUAGCAAAGCGCGGCCUUACUGUACUCGCUAAGAACCUCGCCGCUACAAGGAUACUAGACUCCCUAUCCGGCCCCGCUACACUCCUCGCGCCCACCAACCUAGCCUUCUGGACCCUCCCUCUUCCCAUUAAAGCCCUCCUGAUGGGUCCCAAGGCGGACUUAGUUCUUAGAAACCUCGUGGCCUAUCACAUCCUGCCACGUGGCCGCGUGUCGUCGAAGCAGUUUGAGGCGGGGAUAGAGGCGGCGGGGAUCGAGGGGUAUGAGAUAUUUGACACGCUGCUGGAGGGGAGGAGUGUGAAGGCGGAGCACGUGGGGAAGGCCCUCGCCUUCUCGCCGCUGCCCAUGGUGCCCCUGCUGAGCCGAGUGGCUCGGGUUGUCGCGUCGGAUAUUAAUACCGUAGCUGAUGCUGCUGCUAACGAAGUUGCUAGUAGCAGGGAUGAUGCUGCUAGCGGGGAUGCUGGUAGCGGGGAUGCUGCUAGCGGGGAUGGAAUCACGAUACAUGUGAUCAACCGAGUGCUCAUUCCGCCGGUCAAAGUGCUGCUAGCGCCCUUCGAUUCCCCCUCCUCCUCCUCCUCCUCCUCCUCCGCCGCCUCCGCUUCCUCCUCCCCUGCAGGCGUAGCAACAGCAGCAGCAGUUAACCCUUUCAGUGCGGCAUAUGCUGCUUCGGCCCAAUCCAUGGUCUUACCAAUGGUCGUAACCUCUCCAAGCGACCCCCCUCCCCCACCUCCCUCGCCGCCCCCUCCUGCGGCCGACGACACGAUAAUGAGCCGCCUGCGCCUCUUCGGAUGCACCAAGACCGCCGACAUGAUCGUACGAUCCGGCUUCAUCGCGCUCCUCACCACCGCCACCUCCCCCAACGUCACCUUCUUUGCUCCCACCGACGACGCGCACACCCGCAUCCCUGCACCCGUGAAGCAGCUUAUCACAGACAACGGCGCUGCGGCCGAGACGCUUCUCCUGAGUUACCAGGGGGUUUUCGGGAUUCAGACCUACGCGGAGCUGACUAACAAGUCGACCGGGUCGCUCCCAACGCUGCUGACGGAUAUGUCUGUCACGCUGACCAAGACCCGCUGCCCGUACUUCAAGAGGUUUUACCGGGAGCCGGGGUCUGAGUAA